CUCUCACUCUCGUUUUCUAAUCGUGUGUCGUUGGCAUUCUACAUUUUCUUUUAGAAAAAGUCACCAGUGGACGAGGUUGGUGCUAUGGAUGAAAAUAGCAAAAUCAAACAUUAGAAUGCCCGAAAAUGGACAUCGAGAAAACCAGUGAAUUCGAAAAACCUUUAUCAGAUGAAGAAAUUAAAUGUCUUCAGCUGCAAGAUAACCGCACAGUGAGCGAUUUCCAAGCUAGAAUGUUGGAAGUCAAUGCUCUGAAACAUUGGGACUUGUUUUAUAAAAGAAAUGAAGCAAAAUUCUUUAAAGACCGUCACUGGACAACCAGAGAAUUUGAGGAACUUUUAAAUGAAACUGACUCCACGCCACGAACUCUUUUGGAGGUAGGGUGUGGUGUUGGCAACUUUAUUUUUCCUUUAAUUGAGGAAAAUUCUAAUUUCAUUGUGAUUGCUUGCGAUUUAUCACCACGUGCAGUUGAAAUGGUCAAAAGCAAUUCUUUGUAUAAUGCUGAAAGGAUGAGAGCUUUUCAGUGCGAUAUCACAACUGAAGGCGUUUUCAGCGAAGUCCAGAAAGCUUCCAUUGAUAUAGCUACGUUAAUAUUCGUGCUGUCUGCCAUACACCCCGAUAAGUUUUUAAAAACUUUGGAAAAUGUCUAUGAGCUACUAAAACCUGGCGGCAUUUUAUUGCUUCGUGACUAUGGGUUAUAUGAUAUGGCGCAGUUGAGGUUUAAGCCCGGCCAUAAAAUUGCUGAAAAUUUUUACAUGCGACAAGAUGGAACCAGAAGUUAUUAUUUCUCUUUAGACCACAUUUCGAAAUU